CUCUCUGGACAUCGGGGCGCAGGCUGAUGGCAGACAAUGUCCACCAGUAACAACAUCGCCCAAGCCCGGAAGCUGGUGGAACAGCUCCGCAUCGAGGCCGGGAUCGAGAGAAUCAAGGUGUCCAAAGCGUCGUCCGAGCUCAUGAGUUACUGUGAGCAGCACGCCCGCAACGACCCGCUGCUGGUCGGGGUCCCCGCCUCCGAGAACCCCUUCAAGGACAAGAAGCCGUGUAUCAUCCUAUAGCCGUGCCCCUCGCGUCCCUCAGCCACCCCGCUCUCUCGUUCAGGGCCCCCCACCUCACCAAGCCAAGCCCCCCGAAACUCCCCCCCGCACGUUCCCCUCAGGAAUGCAUGCGGGCUCCCAGAUGGGGUGAAGGCGUCCCCAGGCCGGACAUGGACAUUCCCACCCCGCGAGAUGCCCGCGCGCCCCGGUGACCGUCCCUCGGGCCACACCAGGAUGGGGGUGCCGGCACCGGACCAGCCGGGAGGGGGCCGCAGGGUGGACCCCCUUGCCGCCCCACUCCCCGCCCCCUGUGCCCAGACCCACGCCCCGUCUCCGCCUUGACGGCUUUGGGGAAGCUGGGUUCACGGGGGCAGGGGCGGGGUGGGUGACCUAAGGAACCUGGAGGGUCUGGAGAGGGGCCAGCG